AUGACAAUGCCAAAUAUAAACUUCAACAACUUCUUACUUUACUCGAGUUAUUUACUGACUUCAAUCGAAGAUCGAGCAUGGUCAUUUGCCGUGGCUCUCACAAUGCAAGAGUUGGGUGGGAUGAGACUUGUGUCGAUUGAGCAAUUCGCUGAAGGACUUUCUUGUAUGGCAUUCUCUGGAGCACUUGGAAAAUAUUGUGAUGAUGUUACAAGAAAGAUUGGCAUCUCCACAGUAAUCCCAAUGAACAACUUCUCCCUUCUCGCUUCUUGUGUCGCUUUUGUAACUUGUUUAUCACUAAACGAAUCUUCAAAUAAAGCUCUAUACACAAUUUUACUUGUCAUUGGUAUGAUCCUAUGUGCGGUGAAUCGUCUCGGGAUCAAUCAAGAGAAAAACUGUUUGGGAAGAGAUUGGGUGAUCGUGCUCAGUCAAGGAGACAAACUGUCAAAGUUGAACGCCAUUUUGCUGACCGUUGAUCAGUUGGCCAAUGUUAUCUCUCCGCUAGUCAUUGGUGGAUUGGUUUCACUUAUAAAUCUGCGAACAGUCUUGAUCAUUUUUGGAGUCUACAGCUGUGGCUCAAUCAUUUUAAAAGUCAUUGUUUUAAACAUUUUGCUGACGAAAGAGCCUAGAUUGUUAAAAAAGCAGCAGAAAGCGAAUUUUGAUGAAAAGUCUUUAAAGAAAAGUAAAAACGGCUUUUUCACUGUUAUUGGAGUGUUCUGGAGACAAAGAAUCUUUUCGGCUGCACUUGGAAUGGCUUUACUUUUCAUGACUGUUCUCGGAUUUGAUGGGCUUGCAAUAGGAUACGGACAAUCUGUUGGUCUUCCCGAUUCUCUGAUCGGUGGAUUCAGAUCUUUUGGCUCACUUUGUGGAAUUCUUGGAGCCAUUUUCUAUGCUUAUUUUGAUCAAUUGAUGGGCGUUCGAAAAACGGGAGUUUUUGGUUUAACGUUUCAACAAAUUUUCCUCCUUCUGGCCAUCUCCUCAAUUUUUAUGCCUGGAUCGCCGACAGAUUUGCGGGGAUAUUUCGACUCAUUGACUGCUGAUAAAUGGUGGUCCGAUUUUAAGGACUCUUUCGCUCCAGUGUCAACGAUAGCGCCAGUGAACUCGACUGACACUGGAAUUGAUUGGAAAAAUUUCAAAUCAAAUGGUCACAGUAUGAUGAGCAUUUUCGCUUUUCUGAUUGGAAUUGCCACUGCGAGAUUUGGUCUCUGGAUGGCUGAUCUUGCAAUCACUCAAGUGAUGCAAGAAGGAGUCGAAGAAGGCGAAAGGAAUACGGUUUUCGGUGUUCACAACGCUUUGUGUCAAACAUUUUCCGUGCUUAAAGACGUGAUGGUUAUUUUAUUACCAGAGCCUUCAACUUUCGCCAUUUGUAUGGUCAUAUCAUACUUAUUUGUCUUCUCAGGAUUUCUUGCAUAUAUCUACUACUUACUAAAGACUCGAAACGAUCCUCGCCCGAUUAAGGCCUCAAUAUAUGUCGAAGAUGAAGAUUGCGAAACAGAGAAAUUA